CUGUGCCCCUCGGCGCAACAAAAAACCAGCCUGCCUGCGCGAGUGCGAACUCUCGACGAGGCAGCGACGAGCGAGACUCGUCAGUCCGGUGCGUGUCGCUGCAGCCGUAAGCUGGCGAGCGCCGAGUCUCUGCGUGUGUCGUGUGUGUGUCAUUCAUUAACCACCCUCAUUAAUAGCUGCUAUAGUCCUCCUCGCGCGAUUUAAAUCUCCUUAGUCUCGAGCAGUCUCGAUGUAACUCAUCAGCCAACAUCGCGAUUGUAACGUCAUUAGAACGCCUCAGUUGAUAGGUAAACAUAUUACAUAUCAUCGCGACGGAUAUAAUCUCAACCCGGUUGUUUUCAUCUAUACUGCCUGCUGCUGCUCUCUGCUGCUGUCAUUAUCUGUACCGUAGCGUUUUACCUGCAGCUCAAGACUCGUUACUGUUCUGCCCUCCACCAAUGAAUCAACUCGAGUCUUCGCUGCUUUAUAUUCGCACGUGCACAAGCAUAAUCGAGGGUAUCAUGAGAGUAUAUUUUGAGUGGAAAUCAUAAAUUGCUGACUAAAAAAGUGCUGUUGUAAUGGUUGUUUUAGUAAGGCUACAAACAGCAGAAAAAACAACUAUUACUAUACUAACCAGUGCAAAGCAAAGAAAAAAGACCAGGAUCAGUAGCUAAUAAAUAUUACAAUUUUAAAUAUUUAGCAUAGGUAUGACUAACAAUAAUUCAAGCUACAGCAGCAAUGGAGGAGCAGCUGAACUUUUUCAUUUACUUGAGUCUAACAAACUCAGUGAAGUUGAAGAAACAAAACAGGUUUUACACGAUCACUUUCAAUCAACUAAAGAUAAUUGGCUGGUACAUGGAUUAUUUGAUUACUAUCUUUCAACUGAAUCAUUAAGAGCUGUAGAAGUACUUUCUGGAGUUAGAGAGCCUCAUGAUAAACAUUUAUUUGAUAAGUUGACUGAUGUCUUAGCUGCUAAAGUAACAACCAAUGAACAAAAAGUCAAAACACUCACAUUGUUGGGACAUGUGGCACGACGGCAACCUACCUGGUUGUAUAAAUUAGCUAGUCACACACUUUUUAAACAGUUACUUCAUCUGCUGAAAGUUGAAGAAAGCAUAGUGUUGAUAGUAAGCGCACUAUUGCUGCUAAUAACUUUAUUACCUAUGUUACCUACAGCAUUGACACCGCAUUUGAAUGAAAUAUUUGAAGUAUUUUCUCGACUUGCAUCAUUUUAUUUUUAUCGAUAUGCAUCAAACACACCAGCAUUUUCAUUAUCAGCUGUAAGUUCAUUGAAUUUUACAAAUUGUAGUGAAACUGAACAACCUCAUUACCUACAUUUACAGGUUGGAUUACAAAAUUUCUUUCAUAGACUUUAUGCUAUGUAUCCUUGCAAUUUUGUGUCUUUUUUAAAACAACAAUAUAUACAACGAGAUCAAAUGUUAAUUUUUAAAAAAAUAAUUGGCCCAAUGCUGGAUUCUGUGCGUAUGCAUCCAUUACUCAUAACUAUGUCAAAAGAGUUAGAGACUUCUUCAUUAAGAUGGAAAAAAAUGGAACACCAUGACGUUGUGGCUGAAUGUAGUCGUUUUUCAUUACUUGAUAAAAUAAGUCGAGAUGAAACGGUAUCGCUUGCCAACAUGCGUUUUACGCCCGUAUCUGAUACAUACUCAUAUACCUAUACUCCAGUUAGCAAUUCCGAAUUUCCAUUUUCCGAAUUAAUGGACAAUUGUAAUAUACCAAAUGGUAACCACGAAAGCUUUUGGUCACCAAGUAUGUCAGUUGUAGCUCACAGCCCACCGAUGCCAGCAUCACUUCAAGUAACACCUUUAUCGCUAAUGUCACACAUGGAUACAAAAUCAGCACCUCCCACACCUGGUAUUAUUUCUAAUAAUUCUAACUUCAGUGGUCAAAUGAUUGGAGUGAGAAGCAGGACAUCACCUCCUGAAGCAGCAGUGGAAGCAACACCGGAAACAACCCCAGUGAAAGAUUUGCGUCAACCUCCAUUCCGUCAACUGCCAGUUGGUUCGGCAGCGGUCCGAGGUAUUUUCGGCAAUGGCACCAGUCGCACGUCAACUCCAUCACCUCACAGUUACUUGAAUCAACACCAUCACCUUCAUCACGCCUCAGUGAUUACUGGUAUGGGCGAUGGCGGCGUCUCUAUAAUUGACCGAAAGCUCGGUAAAAUCGUUGCUGAAAGGCAGGCAGUUAAACACGAAGAGGAGGUAGUUAGAAGAACAGCCACUCCUCCGACAGGUGAUUUAGUACAGGCUGUAUUAAAUGGACGAGUUGAUUCGCAGGCUCAAUUAGAAGAUCAAGAGGUAUCAGAUAUAGUAUCUUCGAAAGGUGUAUCAGCUUUUGUACCAAAAGAUCUACUCGACAAAGAUCGUCAGUCUUAUAGCGAUUUAUCGCGCCGAGUAAAACUUAAAUGCUAUCGCAAUUACCCCACGCCUCCUGUCAUUUCUGACGAGAAACUUCGUCGAGCAGAGUCGUGUCCAGAUUUAGGAGAACUAGAACGAGUAGCGCAGCAACAGAACGGCAGUAUUGGAAUAGGAACCUUCAGACCAGUUAAAUCAGCUGUACCGACAUCAAGUACGGCUACGGAAGAAAUCGCUACUCAAACAUGCGGGCUUCUGCCAUACGAGUACGUUUUGUUGGAUACGCAUCGUAGUAGCGAAGCCAACACUGCUACACCAGUGCAACAAAAUAUAUCAGCAAUUGGUGAUCAAAGAACAUCGCCAAGUUCCAUGCUUGAACGAUAUAUCGAGUUGUGUGCCAGAAGUGCCAAUGGAACACCAAAAAAUAAAUCUCGACAACAGCAAACGUAUUCCCGUCGCUCUCGACAAGAAGAUGAGAUCGAACAUAGCAAUGGUUCGUCGACGACUUUGCUAUCUAAUGACGAGAGUAAAGUUGAACGACUGAACCAGCAAUUGCAGCUUAUGCAGAUGCAAUUACAAUUUGAGCGCCAGAGGCGCGAGGUACACGCUGAACGUAAUCGCAGGUUACUCGGUAAACUAAGAGACUCACGAGCCCUGGAAGAGUUAAAUUCGUCUAUGACGAAUCGUUUAAAAUUGGCAAAAGACGAAAUUGAUUCGCUGACAAAAGAACUAAGUCAUACAAAAACUGAGUCGCGGACCUUGGAAAACAAACUUCAUGAAGCUAUUACUAAUUGGCAAAACAGGUGUAAAGAAGAACAGCACAAAAAUGUUCAACUACAGAAUCGUAUUGAAUCAUUAGAAGACGAAUUAAAAGACGAACAAAAGCGUGUUAUGGAAAACGUAAAGCAAACAAGGGCGGCUGAAGCGACUCUGUUUGAAGCUGCACAUCAAUUAAAAGAGGCUUUACGCGCGGCUAAUCAAAGUGAAGAACUGAAACGCGCACUUGAUGCUACGCAAAAAAAAUUCUUACUUCUUGGCGAGACUCAUGCUAGAACUUUAGAAAAAAUCAAUGGCCCAACUCAUAUGGCUAGACAAGAAACAGCUCUUCUUCAGCGAUCUUGGUCCGAAGAAGUAUCCAAUCUUCGACGUCAACUAGACCAACAGAGUUUACAACUCGAAUCGUUGAAAUCACGACAAGUAGAACUGGAACAUCGAGAUGCGCGCAAGGAGGUUCAGUUAAUCGACCAACAAAGAUUACUUCAAGAAUCAAAGGAAAAACAUACCUCCGAGUUGGAAGCUGUUGAAUCGAAAUAUAAAGCACAACUGGAAAUCAAUCUUUUACUCGAAGGUCGUAUUCUUGAACUGCAUGGAAAAUUAGAACAAGCCACUUACAAAGCAACGAGCCCGUUUACAAAUUCAGCUUCGUCAGGAUCGCCAAAGGAACGUUCACCACCGUUAUCGACGAGUCUAGCAUCAUCAAAUGACGGUAGUGCCACUCUUAUACCUGCGGUUGUCAACGAGUGCGAUGCUGCUGGUGAAAUUGCCAAUUUGCAAGCCAUAAUCGAGCCUAAAGAAUUGAUGCGGUAGUGCAAAAACAAAGUGUUGCGUGAAAGUAUAAGUGCGUGUAAUUGUAUUUAUGUAAGUAUGUAUGUAUGUAUGUAUGCAGAGAUGUUUUAUUAUUAUAAAAUUGUUUUUCUUAUUUAUUCUUAAUUGUGAUACGCGCUGUGAGACGUUGAUUCAAUGAUGUUACGAGAGACAGAAAAUACUUUGUUACAGCAAAAAUUGUACUAUUUGAAUGCACAUAAUUGUACUGUGAACUAUGUACCAUUUCUGCUACAAAAAGUGGCACUAGCCGAGAUGAAUUAGCAGGACGACGUUCGCUCUGAAUAAAAUAAACAUAUUUUGUGAGCAAAA